AAGAGACUAGCCAGAGGGGGGAAAAAAGAGUUCUGCUGCACUGGUUUCGAAGUAUUGAAAAUGACAAGGAUUCCGGAUCAAGAAAUUAGCUCUUCACAUUCUCUUGAUAAAGUGAAUGAAGAGGAUGCUAUUCUUCAUUGUCAGUUGAAUAUAUCCAGAACAAAUGUAAAAGUUCUCAGUGAAAGCAUCAUCAAGUUAUCACAGGAGGUCGAACAUGCUCUCUUGAGAAAGAAAUCGUCGUCUCAGCUGAAGGUGGAUGUGGGUACAGACAAGGAACGGAUCCAGUCACCCAUUGAAGAUGCCAUGGCGAUAUGCACAGAGCUGAGUACUUCUCCAGAAUACUUUGAAGAUGUUUCAGCAGCACUCAAACAGAGACAGUCAUCCCUACAAGAAACUGUCAAGGCUUUGACCAAAGAGAUUGCUGACCUUAAAGACACAUGAGCAACUGCAGAGUUUGGUGAUGGACUAAAGUAAAGGUAUUCUGCAGAAUUGCUAAAAAGCAGUAGGACAGACCAGAACAGGAUCAGGACAUAGACUUCUUCAGAGUAACUGGACAAUGGACAUCAUACAAGAGUUAGAUUCACUCAGAUGUGCUUGAUCUGUAGGGAAUUUAUUUUUCUACUUUUUGUCAUUGAAAAAGUUUGGAUAAGUAUUAAAAUAUUGAUUUGCAUGGGAGCUGAAAGAGUAAAAUAUCGAACUCUAUAGAGUUGAAAAAGGUUUGGUCUUUCAAACAAAUCUGCUAAAGACUUCAUUGUGCAGGCAAAAGUAUUUUGUAUUUGAGGUAAAAUUAGAUAUGAAAUAAGUUGAUUCUGCCUUAUAUGCUGUUCAGUAUUGCUUGAAAUAAAGUAGACACAUUACCACCAAGUCACACCAAGGUCUAUGGGAUAAUGCAUGCAGUCAGGCGUGACACAGUGUGAGACUGUCAACUUUAUUCCAAGCAAUACUGUAAUAGACUUCAGUAGGCCAACAGUCUGUUCUGAAGUAUUCUUCUCAAUUAGCCUGUAAGAUGUGAUCCUUUAAAAGUAUUGCUGAAAAAAGGUUGACACCCAUACUGCAACUCACUCUGAGAUUUCCACUAAACACCGACAAAACUUUCCUUUGGGAAGGGGUUUUCAGUUUUGUUUUCUUCUUCCCCUUCGUAAAUCUCAAUUGAAUCAUUUUAACUCAAAUCCUCCCCCCCCCCCCCCCCAAUAUACAU